ACCAGAGGUGAUUAAGUGCAUUAGCUAUAACCGUCUGCGGGUUAUUCGUGUCAUUCCUGAAGUCAGAAUGGUACAGUCCACACCCCUGUAGUCGGAAUGGUCGCGUCCAACGCAGAUGACGUAAUCUUUCACCAACUAGGAAGUAAAUGCGUUGUGUUCCAGCGGCGUGAAUGGGUGCAGGCUCUGCCAGAGACCGGAGUAAUUAAACCGCGGUAAUUAAACAUAAAUAGCGAUGUCUCCUGAUGAGCUGGUGUACUUGGGCGUUCUCGUUGCCUCUAUCCCUGUUGGAUUCCUCUUCCGUUACCUCAGUCCUCCCGUGAAGCAGGGGGCAGCUCUUCUUCUGGGCCUCUCUAUCACCAUCGCCACCUGUCACAUUCACACUCUCCACUCUCUGGUGACGGUGAUUGGAACAUGGAUCAUUGUCAAGAGUAGCUGGAGGCAUGCCCCAGCACUGAGUCUUAGCUGGUCCUUCCUCUACCUCCUCUUCUUCCGGCUGGUCACUUGGUUCGGGCUGCCACCACCGACGCCUUUUGCUAAUGCCAUCCAGCUACUUCUCACUCUCAAGAUGGUGAGUCUAGCGAACGAGGUGCAAAGCUUCCACAUAGAGAAGAAAAAGGAAGUGAGCUCUUUUGCCAAGUCUCCUGUCAUUGGUGGUCUGUCUCAGGAGCCCUCUCUCUAUGAUAUUCUGUCCUAUAGCUACUGUUAUGUCGGUAUAAUGACCGGUCCGUUCUUUCGCUUCCAAACGUAUGCUGACUGGCUGCGGCAGCCGAGCCCGCAGGUCCUGCCAGGUUGGGUGCCGUGCCUGCAGCGUUUGAAGCUGGUUCCCGUCUACGGCGCUCUGUUCCUGGCGGUCAACUCGAUCUUUCCACUGGCCUACGUUCGCACAGAGGAUUUCCUGGAUCAGAACUUUUUCUUUAGGUUGUUCUACAUGAUAGCAGUGUUCUUCGUGUUUAGGAUGCGUUUCUAUGCAGCGUGGUGUGGAGCUGAGGCUGGUUGUAUCAGUGCAGGUCUGGGCUGCUAUCCAGAAAAGGCGCUGUCCAAACCUGGAGGAGGACCCACUGUCAACUACAGUCCUGAUCCCACCACUGAAGAGAAAUAUGACUUCAAAACCAUCCAGAACAUUGACUGCUACAACACUGACUUCUGUGUGAAGGUCCGACAUGGCAUGCGUUACUGGAACAUGACCGUGCAGUGGUGGCUGCAUCACUACAUCUACCCCAAUUCCCCCUUCAAAGCCUACACUCUCAGGGCUGGCUGGACCAUGUUCAUCAGCGCCUACUGGCAUGGACUACACGCUGGCUACUACCUAUCCUUCCUCACCAUCCCCCUGUGCAUCGCAGCCGAGUCCGCCAUGGAGGCCUCUGUCCGAGCUAAACUGGGUCCUCGUGGACAGAACAUCUUCGACUGGGUUCACUGGUUCUUGAAGAUGAGGGCUUACGACUACAUGUGCAUGGGCUUUGUGCUGCUGAAGGCCUCCGACACUAUCAAUUAUUGGAUGUCCAUCUACUUUACCAUGCACAUAAUCGCCGUUUGCUGUAUAAUAGUCGGCAGGGCCCUAAAGGGAGAGAAAAGGGAAGGGAGGAGAGGGGACAAGGAGGAGAAAAAAGAGGGCGAGAAGAUAGAAAACGUGAAAGAGAACACAGAAAAAACAGACUGAAUGGAGGUACAGAAAAGAACUGGUUGGAUACUUUUUUGGGACAUGAGUUACUUCGAGACUAGAAUUCCCAACGUUGAUCGCACCAACACACAUCUUUCUAGCAACAAACGUCACACAGGUCCAAUAAGAUUCCUCAUGGGAAAAUGUAAAAGUUCAACUCGAUUUUAUUAAAAAUGCAGUAAAUCAGAAAAAAUAGUAAAAUCCUGUAAAAGGAAGCCACUGGAGACAUUUCAUAUAAGUACGUGUACAUAAAAGCACUGUGAACACUGGGAUAGGAAUGUUUGAGCUCAAUGAAUGUUACUUUUAUAGUGUGAGUGGCAACUGGGGUGUAAAUAGUACAGUAUAUGCGCUUUUAUUUCAAGAUACCAUGCCCAAGUGUUUACAUGAACUGCACAUUCCAACAGCACUCAGAAUUAUGUUUUAGUAUAUUUAUACUGGAGUACAGAAUCAAUAGAUAGCGAUGGAAAAAACACUAUGAUGGUAUCAUCAUUAGGACUCAGCUGUUAUGGCCUGUGUGAUGAUACCAAUCCCAUUUUUGUAUGUGAGCAUUAUCAAAGUUUUCCAAUUUAUUCAUUUCACAGAACAAAAUAAUUCCGCUGCCAUUUGGCAUCUUAAAUCAGCACCGUGUUUUUGACCACAAUAACAAGUCUAAAUAAGAGUUUUUGUGAUAGUUAAAUGCAGAAAAAUUGCAAUGUAAAACUUGCAGCCCUCAUUAUCACCAGACAUUAUUCCACUUAAAGCAGAAAUACAAGCACCAUGGCGCAGGGUGAAAUUCAAACUGGUUUUGGUUUAUAGGAGCAAAGCAAGGGCCAGAUAACAUUUGUAGUGCUGCCUAAUUACAUUCCUUAAGUGUUUUAGAAUUAGUUUUAAAUAACCUCUAUUUUCAGCAUUAUACUGUUCCUCAUUUUAUUUGCUGCACAUUGAUGUGCUGUGUUUUACUCCCUUGAUCCAGUGAAUCCAAAAUGUUUCUCUGUUUUGGAUUUGUUUUUGCCCUUACUGUUGUUUUGCCUGUAAUUGUAAGUGAUUCAGAUCAUAUCAAGUACAUAUGCACUGACAUCUCUAUGGCAGUGUUGUGAAGAGUGUGCCAUGUGAAAGAUAGCUACAGUCUGUUCACUGCCAAAAUGUCUGUACUGCCAUCAUGGACCAUUUAGGGUUGGGACCAAACAUUUGAUACAAAAAGUCGCAAGUUUCACAUCGUAACUAUAAGCUGCCAACGUAAGUCAUGACUAACAGCACAGCUAGGGCUGGGCGAUAUGGUUGAAGUCAGUUAUUUUCCAAUACUGAUAAAUACCACAAUAUGAAAUAUUUAUGCAAAAUCAUAUAUGAAAUAAUCAAACUGAUGUUCAAAGCAAUAAACUGUCCCAAUGGUAUGUAUUACAUGUGACCAAACGUAUAAUAUGUGUAAAACAAAAACUUCAAAAACAAAUUUAGUUUGUAAUUUAGGAGUAAAGUUGUUUUAUAAACAUUUAUUUAUUUGGACAGCAGACAUUUCUAGAAUCAUAACAUAUCAUGAUACACUUCUGCCGAAAGUUGCUAAAUGAUUAUAUUGAAUUAUCGCCCAGCCCUAACCACAGUAAACUGUGUAGUCGUUGGAAAACAUGUUGAGAGUUCUUUCACUCCUGUGUGGUAACUCUACUGUAUCUCUGUUUUAUAUGAGCAUGACUGACCGCAUAAUUGAAAGGUCUUAUCUCCCAGUGUGUUUUGUUCUCCAAAUGUUACUUGGAACCAAGAUAAUAUGAAUUAAAAAUAGGUUUUGUGUUAUGCCUUCACCCUUUACCCUCUCUGUGCCAAGACUCAACCCUUGUAGAUAUGGAUCCCUUUGUUUUUGUUAUUGCACAGUGAUGGUUGUGAAUUCUAGUCCAUCUGUUGACUGCUCGUCUCCAGACUGUUUCUUUUUCAGCCUUUUGUCUGUUUCACAUUUUGUCUCUUUGUCUUUGGCUUCACACACUGCACCAACUGUAACACUCCCUGCUUUGUAACAGUGUUACUUGUGGAAUACAUAUCUGCAUUUCCUCAUCAA